GCUCUCUCAACAAGCUCGGCAGGCAGGAGGGGGGAGACGAGUCGACGAGACACCGGCGGCCGCCCCUAUCCCUCUUCUCGAGUUCUUGCUCUCGUCUCCUGCGCCGCCGCCGGGAGGGAGCGCGCCGCUCUCAUCCUCUUGCGCCGUCUCUUUGCGCCGCCGCUGGGACGAGCGCGCCGCCGGGAUCGAGCGCCUCCGCUGGAUCUAAAGCCGCCGGGAGUAUUACUCUGAAUGAUGGCAGCAACUCUGAAAGAUGCUGCAGCAAGGAAACCUGUACUGGCAACAAUCCGUCUUAUUGUUCCAGCUGGUGCUGCCCGUCCUGCACCUCCAGUUGGUCCAGCACUGGGUUUCUAUCGGCUCAAUUUGAUGGCUUUCUGCAAGGAUUUCAAUGCCAGGACCCAGAAGUACAAGGCAGAGACUCCAAUGCAAGUGACCUUAACUGCUUAUAAGGAUAGCACCUUCGAGUUUGUGGUCAAGUCACCCUCAGUAUCAUGGUUCCUCAAGAAGGCUGCAGGAAUAGAAACAGCCAGCAGUCGCCCAGGCCACAGCAAUGUGUCUUCGCUCACUCUCCGCCACGUGUACGAGAUCGCGAAAUUGAAACAGGCUGACCCCUUCUGCAAGCACAUGUCGCUUGAGGCGCUGUGCAAGUCCAUCAUUGGCACAGCUAACUCCAUGGGCAUUGAGAUUGUUAAAGAUCUAUGAGAAGCAUGGCUAGCCUAAGUCAGGAAGAAUUCCGUGACAUUUGCGUGUUCCUAGUUUUGAGUUCGUUCUGGAGAGGUAGAACCGUGUCUCACAGAGCUUUCUACCAUCGUGAUGUCUGAUGCCCUGGCAUAGCCUUUGGUUCAGCCUUUUUUUUUGUCCUUUGUUAUUUUCUUGGCAGCUUAACUUAUGUGGUUUCGCGACGUUGUUUUAAAUAAUAUACAUUGCAAUGUCUUCCACAUCUUUUUUUUAGUUACGUCUUCCACAUGGUAUGUUAUA